CUCGUCCUUUAUGAUCAGACCAUACAUAAGUACGCUGCUAUUGUGAUCCUUUGCAAUUCUUUUAAUGGCAGCCACUCAAGAAUGUUCAGCGCGCUGGGCGCUAAUGAUUGGAAUCAACUAUUACCCCAAUGAUCGACAUCUACACGGCAGUGUUGACGACGUUAGCGACUUCAGGGCCUAUCUGGAACAGCACAGCGCUACGGCUAUUCAUGCAUCCGUGCUCACAGCCACUGUACCGAAGCUAGCGAAGGAUCAUCAAUCCACUAAAGAUCCACCAGAAACAGCUGAGAAUAGGCCAACCCGGGCAAAUGUUCUGAAGCAACUUCGGAUAGUCAUUGAUUCUGCGAAGGCUGGAGAUCAUGUUUACAUUCAUUUCUCCGGGCACGGUACUCAACUCCCAUCGGAUGGCAACGUCGGCGAAACUGGCUUCGGCGAGCUAGGUCUCGUCCUUUACGAAAAUGGCGAGCACGGAGCUAGCUACUUCCGCGGGCGCUAUCUAGCCCAGGCUCUCAAAAGAAUGGUCGGCAAUGGUCUCAUUGUCACAGUCGCGUUGGACUGCUGUUUUUCAGGUGCCGUGACUCGAGGCGACCGAGUCCGGGCUAUGAAAUACGAUCCAUCGCUCGACGCGGACAGAGUGGAACAGGAACGAGAAUGCAGAGACGCACUGGGAAUUCCCGGGCGGGAUGCCAAAAUUGACAGAGACUGGCUUGUCAAUCCCGAGGGUUACACGAUUAUUACUGCUUGCGGUCCCCACGAAAAGGCCAUGGAGGUUCUUGUCAACAAAACCCAGAAACGAGGCGCACUUACGCAUCACCUUCUCAAAGCUCUUACUACUUUGGCAAAGGUGAAAGAGGCUGUGUCGCACCAAUCACUCCAUGAAGCGGUCGUUUCUCUGAUGCAGGCGUCAGGGUGCAGCCAGACUCCAAUGCGCUACGGUAACACUCUCCGUUCAUUCUUCGGUUCGCUACUUCAGACAGAAUCUCUCACUGUCUUACCAAUAUACAAGAUAGAAGGUUCGAGGAUCUUCAUUAAAGCAGGGCAGGUCCAUGGAAUCUCAAUUGGAGACGAGUUCACUGUUUGGAAUAGUCUUUCAACUGGUUCAACUAAAAGCCCUGGCGCAAAACGCAGCUUCAGAUUCAUGGUCUCAAACGUUUGGGCCUUUGAGUCCGAGUUGACAAUGUCACAUGGAGUUCGGACACCAUCCACAGUCUCCCCAUUCAGCACCAAGGAUCUAGUGACUUUAAAGGCCACACAACUAUCAACAGUUUCUUCUCACAAGAUCAAUGCUUGGCUUCCGGAGGAGUUGAUACGUGAGAAGAAGUGGGAACAUAAGUCGAAAGUGUUAAAGCACUUCCAAAUACUUACAGAAACCGAAGAAAAAGACCUUUGUGUGUUUCGACUAAUAGUCAACAAGUCCAGGGCAUACGAAAUUGUUGGUGAAGCGCAAGAAAAUAUGCUUCAACUACUAAUCCUCGACGAUGGGUUAGACGAUUUCUUUCCGACGAUGAUGGAGACUCUUCAGCAUGUUGCCACUUUCAAAUACUUCGAAGGCCUAGUUAAUGUACUACCGUCUCCGGAGUUCAGAUCUAAGUACAACAUCAAGCCAAUUGUGACCUCCACUUCAAAUGGUGUCUUCAAAGUUGUGGAUGGAGGGACUUUUGGAUUCACCAUCGAGAACCAUACAAAUCACCCUCUCUACAUGGCCAUCUUUGACUUUGAUCCUUCUUGGGGUGUGAAAAAUCUUGUCUCCGGUUCUGGAGGCGAUGAUUAUGUCCUCGUGCCACCAUCAGCCCAUUGCCAGAACGGCGGCGCGAAGGAAAUAAAUCUGAAAAUGACGAUUCCAGGUCAUCUUAAUCUGGGGACUCAGGCUCGAGAUGUCAUCAAAGUCUUCAUCACUGACAAACCAGUUUCAUUUCCGGGUAUGGUUUUGCCAGGAUUGGGUAUGAAAGUAAGCUUGAGGAGUUCGUCUGUGAGUGCAGAGAUAAUCUCCGACUUUAUCAAGCACUUGAAUACCGGGGGAAGGAUGAGGAGUACAGGAAGUAAGGGAGCGUGGAUGUCGCACAAUUUCAUAGUCUGGACCUCUGUCAACUAGCAUAUAGAUACUCAUGGUUCCGGAUCAGAUGAGGCUUUAGAAAGGAUCAUCUACCAAUUCCAACUCACUCUCAUCAUACUCGCGCCCUUGCAUAACCUCCUUGCCACUAUCAUCGCAAAGGAUAUACUUUCCUCCUCUCACUUCUGAAACUGUAUAUGUUGAUCCAUUUGAGAGUACCC